UGUCAGUUGGCACUUCAGCCAGAUUUAUUGCUUAUUCAGUUAUUCCUCUUCGCCCGUCCGUUCUUAACAUCUGUGACCCAAGAAUCUAUUUUCUGAAAAUCUACAUUGGAUAUCAUGGCCGAAUCUCAAGCGAACGACAACACCACUUGCGUAGUGUGUUUUAAAAAUGUCGUGUAUUUCUCAAUUGGCGAAUGUGACCAUCCUGUGUGUUUUGAAUGUUCGACUCGCAUGAGAGUUCUUUGCCUGCAAAAUGAAUGCCCAAUAUGUCGUCAGGAUCUCUCAAGGGUUGUUUUCACAGACACAGUGCACACUUAUAAAGAGUUAAGGAAUAGACCAUUCUCUGAUAGACUAUUUGAAAGGCAGUUUAAGAUAGGAUUCUGUACUGAAGAAAUAAAACAUGCCUAUGAGAGUCUGCUUGAGAACCAUUGCAAAAUAUGUGAUAAGACACAGUUUCGUACAUUUAGUAUGCUCAGUGAACAUAUGCGGAAGGUCCAUGAGCGUUACUUCUGCGAUCUUUGUGUUAAACAUUUAAAGAUAUUUACCAGUGAAAGGAAAUGUUACACCCGGCAAGAACUUGCUCAUCACCGACGGAAAGGAGACAUUGAUGACACAUCUCACAGAGGCCAUCCACUCUGCGAAUUCUGUGAGGAGCGAUUUAUGGAUGCAGACGAAUUAUACCGCCACUUGCGAAAGGAGCAUCUCUACUGCCAUCUGUGCGACGCUGACGGUCGAAACCUGUACUACGCGUCGCACUCUGCGCUUGCGCACCAUUUUCGCAACGAGCAUUACUUGUGCGAGGAUGGCGAGUGUGCGGGACAGCAUCUCACUGCAGUGUUUAGAAGCGAAAUCGAUCUUAAAGCUCAUAAAGCGACCGUGCACGGACGCGGCCUGACGCGCGGCGCCGCCAGGCAGGCGCGCACGCUGGAGCUGCAGUUCAACAUCACGCCACAUUCAGUCGCGCCGAGAGCACCUCGAGAACGUGUGGUAGAGGCUCCGUCGCCGCCGGCCCCCGUGCAGAUGGUGACUCCCAUCGAUCCGGGGAACGUCGAGCAGUUCCCGCGACUGUCAGCCGCGCCCCCCGCCCCCGCACCGCUCCUCGCGCAUGCCCCGCGCUUCCCCAGAGGCGCGGACCGGCUGGCGCGCACCGACCGCAACUUCCCGGCGCUGGACGGCAGCGCGCCCCCCGCGCCGCCCGCGCCCCGCGCCGCGCCCGUCGCCGCCGCCGUGCUGCGCAACCCUUCGAAGCCAAGUGUCUCCAUCCAGCUGCAUAGUCAACCGAGUGCCAGCAACUUUCGGUUGACACAGACGAGUGGAAAUCGCAUAUCUAUCCCGUCGCAGAUGAAGUCGCCGUUGUCCGAUGACGACUUCCCGUCUCUAGGUAUCGCGAGAGACGAUCAUCCCAGUAUUGGAGCUGCAACAAUGCAACCGCCGAAGGUAACCAUGAUUAAUAGUGAAGAGUUAGGAGCAAUAAAGAGCAAUCAAACUAAGGGUCAAAGAAGUACUGAAUCAAAAAAAGUACAUUUAAACGCCGAAGCAUUCCCCGCGCUCUCAUCGUCAUCAGUCCCGAGCGCGCCGCCCCAGUGGAUAACCAUAUCGAAGUCUAAAGAGAAAUCGAAACCAAAGUCGGAACCGCCGCCGACGCCGCGAGAAGCUGCCUUUAACCCGGCCGCUGAUUUUCCAACUUUACCAAUCAACGUUAAAACUAAAACCAAAAAAUCGCAGCAGCCCGUACAACAUCAAGUUUCUAAUAAUAACCCGCCGAGCGAAAGCAAUAAAAAUAAAAAGGAUAAAAAGAAGCCGAACUCGAAUCAAAAGGACAUAUCGCUAGAUUCGAAUAUCAUUAAUCGAAUAAACGACGUUAAGAUUAGAAAGGAAUACAUAAAUGCCUGUGUAAAUAAUAACAACAACAGCGUCGAGCCGGAUAGAAAAAUUAAAACUACGAGCGAAGCGCCAUCCGCGAACGUCCAGAAGAAUACCGGCAACGGGGAUUUCGCAAUGACCCUAAAGGAGUAUCCGCCGCUCAAUCCGCGCGCUGAAACCAACGGCCCGCAACGAGUUGAAAACACAACACAGCGGGCCAAUAACUUUUCGCAGCGAACUGUUCAAAACGGCAGCGUCCCACCGGGUUUCAAAAAGCGACCCCCCUGCGACGGAAUGACGUUUACAAACUCUGCCGGGCAGACGUUCUCCGCACCCGUGCACUCCUACAUCCCGCCGCCCGACUUUGAACUCAGGAACCGCGCCCUCGUCAAGAAGUUCGCCGUUGCACUCGGCGGAGCCGCUGCCGUCGAGAACUUCAAGGUCGCCUCGCGAGCCUUCCGCGACAGCAACAUUACCGCGGACGAGUUCUAUCAGCACUGCCAAACUGCCCUAGGAGACCAGUUGGAGUCCGUGUUUCCCGACCUGGUCGCCUUGUUGCCGGAUAUCGCGAAGCAGCAGGAGCUGGUAGUCGGCAGGAACAUCGCGUCACAGCUGGACGUGUGCCCGACGUGUGGCCAGCUUUUGUCGGCAGCGGAUCGCAUUGCCCACGACGCGGCUCACUGGCCGCCGCUCUCCUCCCGUUAGAUCGAUGGAUGUAACUGUGAUAACAUUUAAAUUAAUUCGUGUUCACAUAUUCAGGUGUAUAUUGUAUUCUAUAAAUUUAUAAUUGAUCAAUCAGACCAGUCACGUGUGACGUUAAAUGCAUACGGAUUUCAUUUGAAGGUGCUUCUUAUUUCUCUUAGUAUGUUGUGUAUACUAAAAAAUAAUCUAUAGACAUUCUCUAAUCCUCAAUGUAAAUAGACCGAAGUUAAUUCUUUAAGCAAACCGAAGUUUGGACUGCUAGAUUAAAAUAGCUUUUAAUAUAUAAGUUCUGAAGUUAAUCCAUUUUGAUUACAUCUAAAAAUGUAUAACUGAUGAAAUGUAAUAAGUAUGUGGAUGUUACUCUAGUAUUGAAAGUACGUAGCGUAUUAUAGACAUGAUAAAUUAAAAACUAUUAUUUCGAGCACAUUGUGUUUGUUAUGUAGACAAAUAGUGAAAAUAAUGUCCGCUCAUAAUUUAGCAUGCUAAUACAAUUUCUAGUAUAAAUGUCUCAAUCAUAUUAGUGUCAAUGUUUUUAAAAUUAUCACGGCGUUUUCAACAGCUUGUAUACUUAUUAUAUUUCAAUUCCACAUAGUGUUGUUAUAAAUAGUUGACGUCAUGAAAAUGUGAAUGUCAAAACAUAGCUUAGUAUCACAUUAACCAUCUGUUUCUGACGUCAUCUUUGAUUUUCAUUGAUGACCAAAGACAAAUUUACUAAUUGACUAAAUACUGAAUGCUAAUUGGUCGCCCACUGCGACAUCGGCUACCAACGACCAAUGACAAUUCGUAUCAACGUCGAAUUAGUUAAUCUUACUUUAAACAACGUUUCAGAAACUAGAGGUUAGCUUUAUAAAGAGUAGCGUUUUUUUAAUUUAAUAUGUAAAUUAAUUAUUAUAGACUUACAAUCAAAAGUGUAUGUGGUAAUACAAAUUGUAAAUGUUACACGGUGUAAAAUAUAUUGUUUCAAAGUUAUAUUUUGUACUUUCAACUAAACAUCUUUAGUUUAUGUUAAAUAUUUUUGUUAUAA